AGACAGAAUAUUUUAGAAAUAUGGGUAUUAAAGAUGAAAUGAGUACCACUACUAGCACCAAAGAUGAUAUUGCCCGAGUGGGGGUGGGACAAGGAGAGCUAUACUCUCCUCACCAUGCAGUUGAAAUCAACAAAAGCUCAACAAAGCUAGAAGACCAACAAGGAGAAGAGCAGAAAAUGGUGAUGGGAGUGGCAGCCGAUAAUAUUAGGAGGAAUUUUGCAACGAUUAAGGAAAGAGUGUUGGAUAAGCUGAGAGCAGCUGCUGUUCCAGCUGAUGCUUUGGAGAAUGCCCGCCACUUCUUGGAGAGUGUGGUGAGAGAUGUGGGUGUUGCUGCUCAUGGCCUCACCAAGGACGCCUUGCUUCGCAUCAAGACUCAUCUUGUUGACUUGCUCCCUUCACUCUCUCCAAACAUCACUAGAAAGAUGGUAGAUGAUGCAGAGGAGGAGGCAAAUGGAAAGGGAGACAGUGAAGGAGAAGAGAGAAGAGAGGACACUAAUGGGCAAAAGCAAGAUGGCCAUGAUCAUCAACCUAGCAGCAAGGCUCUACAGCAAUCACGGCUUUAGAAGUUCAUAUAUGUAGACAAGAACCUCAGUCAAUAGUUACCUUUUUCAUAUAUUUCCUUGGGGUUGGGACUGGUGACUUCAGCGUCUCAUUAAGCAGUUUUCCAGUUGGUGUAACUUGUUAAUAAUCUGGUUAGUUUGAUCUCUAAAAUAACAUAAUGCAUAAAAAUUUCGGGAAGAAGCGCCAUGUUUAUUGGCAGUUGUUUCAUCCUCUUGGUUUGUAGAGAAAAGUACACAAUCUAUAUAAGAAAUUGAACUUUCUUCAA